GGAAAAUUGAAAGGGAACCGGUUAAACUCCUGAUAAUUAAGUGACCUUUUUCCCUUUCACCAUCUCAGUCUUUUUUACAACCGACCACGCGACCCACAAUCUUCAGCUUAGACUUUACCGAGAUCCGUCCGGAGGCCCGAUCUCGAAUCCCCCGGCUUGAUUGACAAGACACAGUACACACGGUUAAACGCCAAGGAUCCCACAUGAAUGUCGCAGAAACCGCGAAAACUUCAGCGUGUCUCUAAGGCCUGCGACUUCUGCAAUAGGCGCAGCAUCAAAUGCGGCAGUAGCGAAGAUCCACUGGGUCGAUGCCAGAAUUGUGUGGAUUUUGAUGUCCCUUGCACGUUUGAUCGCCCGGCUAAACGCCGUGGCGUUAAAGCUGGUACGAGGGUGAGUUCCCGCGAUACUCCAAUCGCAAGGCCGGUUGCCGACCAACCAGCUCCAAUGGGUCGCGGGAACCUACUGGAGAGGACGUCUGGCUCGUCUGGCUCUAGGGGCUCGAUGCAUGCUGAAUCUGUAUCACGCCCAUCAUUGACAGGAGACCCAUGGUCUUCUUUUAACACUGGAUGGUCGACAGCUGAAGGUUACGAUGAUGAUGGCGCACUGCGCAAUUCUUGGAAGGCAUUUGCCAUUUCUUGUGACCAACAGAUUCGCAAUCUCGUGCAAGUGUACUUCGAGAUUGUUUACCCAAUAUUUCCAUUGUUUCAUAAACAAUCAUUUAUAGAAAGUAUAAACAACCAGGAGCAUCUUCUGAGUCAGAGUCUUUUUGCCUCAACAAUGGCAGUCUGCUCAUUGGUGUCGGGACGCGCUCGCGAUGGAGCAUUGUACACCAACCGAUGGCAUCGGGAAGAGCUGUCAGAACCGCCUUCAGAGGCAUUCUAUGCUGCAGCAAAAGACUCACUUCCUCGGGACCUUGCAGCCGCAAAGGGUUUCAAUUAUAUGCGUGCUUGUGCAAUACUUGCGAUCGCUAGCAUUCAAAACGGCCAAAUUAAAAACAUGCAGAAAUACUCCGGAAUGUAUCAUACAUUAACGACAAUGGAGGGAUUUCAUGAUGAGAAGCUCUGGCCGAAAGACAUCAGUACCAUCGAGAUUGAAGAACGACGAAGAUUGUUCUGGUCUAUAUAUACCCUGGAUAUUUACUCCACGAUUGUAUGGGGAGGCGUGAUUCGAUACCGGGAAGCCCAUUCUCUCGUUCGAUACCCUAGUGAGGUAGACGACGAAUUCAUUACCCACCACGGCUACGGCAUACACCCCGCAUCCCAAGAAGCCUCCCUCAGGCAGGGCCAGGUCCCUAUUGUCUCACGGCAACCCGUAUCAUGGAUGCAUGGAUGGAAUUUCACGACUGAUCUCUAUCGCAUUCUUGAACACGUCGUUGACGGCACCCGACGCAAGAUGUCCUCCGCUAAUGGAACCCAAGAGGUGUGGUCUCUUUUCAGCCCGGCAUCCAUGUCGGAACCAACGGUCAUGGAGCGGGUGCUUUCUAUGUAUGCUGCAUUACCCGCACAAUUUCGAGAAACGCCGCCUACCACCGGCGAUGAGAGUCACGACCUCUUCGGUUUUCAAUCUGCAAACAUCCAGGCGACUUUGCAGCUUCUCCGAAUGGUCCUUCUGUCGUCUGAGGAGGUUGGGGUAGAUAGGAAGUGUGAUGUUGCUGGUGAGCUGCUGAGUGUGUUUUCGAAGGUGCCAGUGGAGUAUUUGAGGGCCAUCAGCUCUCCUUUGCUCCAUCACUUGGGAGGAAUUGGAUACAUUCUCGGUUCAGUCAUGGAAGGCAGUCUAUCAGACGUCUCAUACCAACGCGUCCGUACCUUACUCCUCGACAUGGCCAGCCUGCUCCACCGCCUCGAAGUUGGUCUCCACCGAGCAGCCGGCGCCAGCGAACGUCUCCGGUCUCAGGUCGAUAGGAUAGAUGGCUACAUGCGCACUUCACGAUUAGUCAAUCCCUCGGCCAUUCCCCCACUAAUGAAUGCGCCAAAUGGUACUUCUAUCCCGGUCGACGUAAAGCCCGUGCCUUCCCCAGUGCAGUAUACAGCUGCAGCACAACCGAUGGGUACGACAGGACCGGUGGAAAAACAGAUGAUGCAAUUCCAAUUGCCACCGGAACUGCUGGCAGGCUGGCCGUGGCCAUUGGAUAAUUCUCAUUCUGAGGGCUUUUUGCCAUUGGCCUUUGAAUGAUGUCUG